GCCAGCGCUGAGAGGCAGCACUGCUCCUUCUCUCACACCAACCGAGUCUCUUGAUCUGUACAUGCAAUCCCAGGCAGCUCGCGAACACAAACCCGGGGCCAGCCGCCUGCUGCUGCUGCUGCUGCCGCUGCCGCCGCCGCCGCCGCCGCUGCCUCCGCCGGCUCUGCGCACCCGGGACUUUUCAUGCACCACACUCACUGCCUCCUUCCCUCCGUGUCCUGAAAAGUGCGACCGUUCUCCCAAGGAAUUUCCACGGCAAGUCUUAGAAGGGGAUGAUUCCCCAGUAAUAUUCCCUGCCCUGAUCCAAGGUGCCGCUCGGCCUCCCUCCCAGGGAAGACUGCUUCUUGUGUGACACGAGCCUAAGAAAGAGACUCCGAUGGACUUACACCGGGCAGCCUUCAAGAUGGAGAACUCAUCCUACCUCCCCAACCCGCUGGCAUCCCCAGCACUGAUGGUCCUGGCGUCCACGGCUGAGGCCAGCCGCGAUGCUUCCAUCCCUUGUCAGCAGCCACGACCCUUUGGUGUACCUGUCUCAGUAGACAAGGACGUGCAUAUUCCAUUCACCAACGGUUCCUAUACCUUUGCCUCUAUGUACCAUCGGCAAGGUGGGGUGCCAGGCACUUUUGCCAAUCGUGAUUUUCCCCCUUCUUUACUACACCUCCACCCUCAGUUUGCUCCCCCAAAUCUAGAUUGCACCCCAAUCAGUAUGCUAAAUCAUAGUGGAGUGGGGGCUUUCCGUCCCUUUGCUUCCACUGAGGACCGGGAGAGUUAUCAGUCAGCCUUUACGCCGGCCAAGCGACUUAAGAACUGCCAUGACACAGAGUCUCCCCACUUGCGCUUCUCAGAUGCAGAUGGCAAGGAAUAUGACUUUGGGACACAGCUGCCAUCUAGCUCCCCUGGUUCACUUAAGGUUGACGAUACUGGGAAGAAGAUUUUUGCUGUCUCUGGCCUCAUUUCGGAUCGGGAAGCCUCUUCUAGCCCAGAGGAUCGGAAUGACAGAUGUAAGAAAAAGGCAGCAGCUUUGUUUGACAGCCAGGCCCCUAUUUGCCCCAUCUGCCAGGUCCUGCUAAGGCCCAGUGAGUUGCAGGAGCAUAUGGAGCAAGAACUUGAACAGCUGGCCCAGCUGCCUGCCAGCAAGAAUUCCCUUCUGAAGGAUGCCAUGGCUCCAGGCACCCCCAAGUCCCUCCUGUUGUCUGCUUCCAUCAAGAGAGAAGGAGAGUCUCCAACAGCGUCACCACACUCCUCUGCCACUGACGACCUGCACCACUCAGACAGAUACCAGACCUUCCUGCGAGUGCGAGCCAACCGGCAGACCCGACUGAAUGCUCGGAUUGGGAAAAUGAAACGGAGGAAGCAAGAUGAAGGGCAGAGGGAAGGCUCCUGCGUGGCUGAGGAUGAUGCCGUGGACAUCGAGCAUGAAAACAGCAACCGCUUUGAGGAGUAUGAGUGGUGCGGGCAGAAGCGGAUACGGGCCACCACUCUCCUGGAAGGUGGUUUCCGAGGCUCUGGCUUCGUCAUGUGCAGUGGCAAAGAGAAUCCGGACAGUGACGCUGACCUGGAUGUGGAUGGGGAUGACACUCUGGAGUAUGGGAAGCCGCAAUACACGGAGGCUGACGUUAUCCCCUGCACAGGCGAGGAGCCUGGUGAAGCCAAGGAGAGAGAGGCACUACGGGGCGCAGUCCUAAAUGGCGGCCCUCCCAGCACACGCAUCACGCCUGAGUUUUCUAAAUGGGCCAGUGAUGAGAUGCCAUCUACCAGCAACGGUGAGAGCAGCAAGCAGGAGGCCAUGCAGAAGACCUGCAAGAAUAGUGACAUCGAGAAAAUCACCGAAGAUUCAGCUGUGACCACGUUUGAGGCCCUGAAGGCUCGGGUCAGGGAACUUGAACGGCAGCUAUCCCGUGGGGACCGUUACAAAUGCCUCAUCUGUAUGGACUCCUACUCGAUGCCCCUAACGUCCAUCCAGUGUUGGCAUGUGCACUGCGAGGAGUGCUGGCUGCGGACCCUGGGUGCCAAGAAGCUCUGCCCUCAGUGCAACACCAUCACUGCACCCGGAGACCUGCGGAGAAUCUACUUGUGAGCUAGCCACCCCUGGCGGGCCGUGCCUCGAGCAGCCCCACCUGCCUGCCUCUGUGAUGUGACCCUCCCCCUUGUACAUACUUGCACACAGGUUCCCCGUGU